AUGGUGCGUGUCGCGGUGGUGGGCUGUGCCCAUGGAAUGCUGGAUGAUAUCUACGCUACACUUCAAUUUGUGAACCAAAUGAAUCCCGAUAAACCGGUACGAUUACUGCUGUGCUGUGGUGACUUUGAGUGCAUGCGCAACACGCAUGAUCUGGAGACACUGGCAUGUCCACCCAAGUACCGCGCAAUGCAUGCCUUUCACCGGUAUUACAAAAAAGAAAAGAUUGCACCGGUGCUCACAAUAUUCAUCGGAGGUAAUCACGAAGCUUCAGGCUAUCUCAAAGAGCUACAUUAUGGGGGAUGGGUGGCUCCAAACAUGUUUUAUCUUGGCGCAGCUGGCGUUAUUAAUGUUGCGGGUCUGCGUAUUGCUGGGCUGUCAGGUAUAUACAAGCAACAACACUACACCGCAGGACAUUUUGAGUCGCAGCCAUUUGACAACAAUACUAUGCGUAGUGUGUACCAUAUCCGCGAGCUCGAGGUUUAUCAGCUCUCGCAUGUGCAACAGGUCGAUAAGACUUCGCUUGGCGUGUUCUUAUCACAUGACUGGCCUCGAGGCGUCGAGCAACAUGGCAACGUGUCACAGUUGCUUCGUCGUAAACCAUUUUUCGAACAAGAGAUCAGGACCAAUACACUUGGAAAUCCAGCCGAUCACCCAGUGGUCGGCGAGGAUACUGAAGUGGAGAAGUUAUCUGAACGUAGUGGACAGAAGUCUUCACCCCAGCCAGCGAUCACAAAGUUUCUGGCUCUUGAUAAGUGUCUACCUCGGCGAGAAUUUAUGCAGGUUUUGGACUUGCCUUGUUCACGGAGUGAUGCAAAGCCUGCAGCGUCAAUUAGUGAACCGAUGGGCAUACCCGCAAAGAAUUUUUUCCGAUCAAGUCAAAAUAACGAGUUUGAAUCACCCAGAAUUAUGUUUGACCUCGAAUGGCUUGCUAUUUUGCGAGCGACACAUCACCUUGCUUCGUCAAGCAAGUUUGCACCUCGUGUGCCGCAAGAUGAGUUAAAGAUAGAGCGUAAAGACAUUGAGUGGGUAAGGCAGCGCUUACAAGAGUUUGUAGUUGAAAACAAACUCAACAAGGUGGAGGGUGAGUGGAUUACAGACUUUGUGAAGACGGUACCAGGCUAUGGCGAAGAGGCAGAGUUCGUGCAAGUGACGGGCAACCCACAGACAGAUCUUCUCUUAGAACUGUUGCAACUUCCACACGUUGUGACUGCACCAUUCGUUGGUGGGGGCUUCGUCAAGGAUCCGAAUGAGAUCAACCUAGACGAUGACGACGAAGAUGAUGUUGAAGAUAAUAUUGACGAUGUGACGGCAAUAAAUACUGAAGUCACAGCCUGUACGACUAGUUCAACGACAAAUUUGAUGAUAGCAACUUGGGUGCGUGAGGCGGCCAAGAGAACGCGGCAGCCACAUUUUGGACCAGCUCUUAUCUACGAAGUGAAUCAGACUUUACUUGAUUCGGCGUUGCAGUCGGCAUUCGUGCAGCUUAACUGCGAUGAAGAGACUCAAGCUUUCCUUCUUACUUGCACAGGGGGUUCUCUUUGGGAGUCAUUAAGCUCCACCUUGCUUGGACUCUUUUACUCGCUGACAGACGUAAAUGGAAUUCUGGGACGUGGUCAGAUGUUUGUACUAUCACAAGCUCAAGUGCAGCGUCUAAUCCAACGUAAGCCGUUGACAAACAGAAGUGGUUCCCUGCUUGACAUUGGAGCAGGAGAUGGAAAUGUGACGACAUCCCUAGCAUCUCUAGUGGAACAAGUGACCACGACCGAGGUUUCAGCGCCCAUGGUAGCGAAUCUGAACGCUCGAGGCUACAACAGCAUUCAAACGUGUGACUUAGAGCACGAUUUUGUGCAAUCGCGCAAACCUUUCGAUAUUAUCAGCCUUUUAAACGUAUUGGAUCGGGCGGACAAGCCGCUCACAAUGCUUCGCACAAUUCGCACGAUGCUAGAACCACAAAAUGGUAUUUUCCUGUUGGCUGUAGUACUGCCAUUUGCAGCGUUUGUGGAACAGGGUACACAGCGCGUGGCACCGACCGAAAAGUUGCCAAUGCACGGUGGACUAUGCGCUGAAGGAGCAUCAUUCGAGACCUCGGCCAGUCUACUUUUGCGCAAUGUGCUAGUGCCAGCUGGAUUUAAGCUUCGGCAUUUUAGUCGCGUGCCCUAUCUGUGUCGUGGGGACAUUCAGCAACCUUACUAUGUUCUUUCGGACGCGAUCUUUGUGCUGGAAGUCGACCAUGAUUGGAGAGCAAAUGAAGCAAGCUGA